UAUCAUUUAUGUUCAUCUGAGAUCACCAUCAAUAAUGUCGGCAAGAAUUAUGAGAGCGAGCACUUCUGUCCGUGCUGUGAUAUGUCUGGGACUGUGAAAUAUGGUAUAGCGUUCAAGACACUUCUUUUGACGUAGAUGAAAGAAGUAACUGUUGACUGUCUUGUGACGAAACCAUGGGGAAUUGCCUCGGGGGAUCGGAACAAUCCAAAGCAGCGGGGAGUAGCAAUGCUGGAGAGCCGUCGCCUCAAAACAAGCCAGCAGAGAACGGAGCUGCUGUGUCCGCUACCCCUGCAGCAGGCAGCACGGUGCAGGGAUCGGCAUCGCCAUCAAACCAGUCACCUUCCCAUCAGGGUGGUGGAGACACUGCAUCAGAAGCAUCGGCAGCGUCGUCUAAAGUCUUUGUUGCAUUAUAUGAUUACGAUGCUCGAACAGAUGAAGACUUGAGUUUCCGGAAAGGAGAACUCUUGGAGAUCAUAAACGAUACCCAGGGUGACUGGUGGUAUGCUCGUUCAAAGACAACAAAAAAAGAGGGAUAUAUACCUUCCAACUAUGUGGCGAGUGUAAAAAGCCUUGAAUCGGAACCAUGGUAUUUUGGAAAAAUUAAGCGUGUGGAAGCAGAAAAGAAGCUGCUGUCACCAGAAAAUGAGCAUGGGGCUUUUCUUAUCCGUGAUUCAGAGAGCAGGCGAAAUGAUUACUCUCUAUCAGUACGUGAUGGUGACACUGUCAAACAUUACCGAAUCCGACAGCUGGAUGAAGGGGGGUUCUUCAUCGCCCGACGUGUAACCUUUCGGACUCUGUCAGAACUUGUUGACCACUAUAGUCAUGAUGCUGACGGUCUCUGUGUAAAUCUCAGGAAACCUUGCUCACAGGUGGAGAAGCCACAGACCAAUGGCCUUUCCUACAACACCAAAGAUCAGUGGGAGAUCCCUAAGAGUUCGCUGAAGCUGAUCCGAAAGAUUGGACAUGGCCAGUUUGGAGAAGUUUGGGAGGGUUUGUGGAAUAACACUACACCUGUAGCCAUCAAGACUCUUAAACCAGGCACAAUGGAUCCCAAAGACUUCCUGGCAGAGGCUCAGAUUAUGAAAAAACUGCGGCACCAGAAGCUGAUCCAGCUUUAUGCUGUGUGCACACAAGAUGAACCUAUCUAUAUCAUCACAGAACUUAUGAAGAAUGGAAGCCUUCUGGAAUUCCUGCAGGGCAAAGGUCGUAUCCUGAAACUGCCUCAGCUGAUUGACAUUGGAGCACAGAUAGCCUGUGGUAUGGCAUACCUGGAGUCACAGAACUACAUUCACCGUGAUUUGGCAGCACGCAACAUCCUGGUGGGCGAGAACAACAACGUCAAGAUUGCUGACUUUGGCCUCGCGCGUGUCAUCAAGGUGGAGGAAGAUGAAUAUGAAGCCAGGGUUGGAGCACGGUUCCCAAUCAAGUGGACCGCACCUGAAGCCGCUAACUACAACCGCUUUACAAUAAAAUCAGAUGUCUGGUCUUUUGGCAUCCUGCUCACAGAGAUUGUUACCUAUGGUCGUGUGCCAUAUCCAGGAAUGACAAAUGCAGAGGUACUGCACCAAGUAGAGCAUGGCUACAGGAUGCCUUGUCCUCCUGGCUGCCCCAAGGCCCUCUAUGACAUAAUGCUGGAGUGCUGGCGCAAGGAGGAGAUGGAGAGACCAACAUUUGAGACUCUGCAGUGGAAGCUGGAGGAGUUCUUCACCAUGGACCCCAAGGACUACAGAGAGGCAUCAUUUGUUCGAUGAGGUACUUUGGUUUCCUGCAUUCCAUCUUGUGGGCAGCACAAAAUGACUCGAACAAAACUCCCCCUCUCACACAAGGAAAUCUGGAGUGUACUGUCCUGCUGUCAUCAAGAAAUUUCUAUUUGAUAAUUUGAACAUAUUGUCUUGAGUGUUCAGGCCAUAAUUGUUUGUCAAACCAUUUAAGAACUGUCAUUGUAUGCUCAGCAACUUUGCCAAUCAUGAUAAAUGUUUUUGCCCAGUUUCUGUACCACAUUUUAUUAUUAUUUUUUUAAUUCAAGCAUACCACAAAAAGAUUUCCUUUGAUUUCCCUUGUAGGAUUACUGAUUCAUCAUAAGUAAUUAUUGCAUGUCACCAGAAUGCCUACACUGUUAGAGUAGGAAAUGUUGUCAGAUAAGCAGAUUAGAAUAUUUGAAAACAAGAAGAUAAAACCUUAAUAUAAAGAGAAAUAUAAAGGUCUAUUGCAGCAUGGAUACCAAAUUAAUGUUUAUUUGAGGAAUCAAUCAAAGACUUUGACAGCUGAAGGUUUGAGACAACAACAGGCGAGAAUACUACCAAGGUUUGCCUGACACCUCUGUAGAUUGAAUAUCUAAUAUUUCUCUGAAAUUUGUACCAGUGGAAGGGUCUGUCAUUGUUAAAAAGGGUGAAACUUUUUGAAAUCUGAAGACAUGCCAGUAGUAUAUGUUGCAGCAGAAAAUGUUUCAUCCAUGAAUGUAGCUAGGGCAGAUCAUCAGUGUUGUCCUCGUAUCAUAAAGAUCAUGCAUGUUUAUGUUUCCAGUAGAUUUGCAUUGCAGUGCUUGGUGCAUGUGGAUUCUUUUUCAGGAACAAGAGUGAUGCAAUAUUUUCUUGCUUCUGUCUUACAGCUUCAGUUAGCUGCCAUUUAUUUAAAAUUUUAAAAGAUGUUUACUGAAGAGGUUGUGGGCUAUGUGAUUGUGACAAGCAAUGUCUUUUCAACUGCCAAACUUUGGAAGACAAGAUAAUAUCAUCAUGAGAGGGCAUUUACUCGGUGAAGAUAGGGACACAUAGUUUAAGUAGAAUUGACGCUGUUUUUUGUGCGCUUGUGUGUGUGUUCAUGUACUUUUCAUGCAUGGAAACCAUGGAUAUGAAUGGGUGGAGGUUAGGAUUAGCAUUACGUUGAAGGGAUGUAGGGGGUGUGAGAGAAAGAUUUUUUCCUAUUUAUCAGUAACAGAAUCUUCAAAAAAUAACUAAGCAAAGUCAAGGUCUGUGAAAUGAAUGUAAUUUAAAUUCACUCCCUUACCACUAAUUUAUACAAGUAACAGUACCAUUAUCAAUGAGCUUUAUGCUUACAAUCUCACCUGACAUUCUUAGUGACUUAUUUAUUAUUUUAGGUGUGUGGAUAAGUGUAAAGGAUGGCCCAUGUGCAUGCAUGUUUGAAACAAAUGUUACUCUGGGCAAAACUUUUAAUUAAAAUUGUUUUAAGUGAUAAGAAUGCAAGUUGCACAGAAGUAGGGGUGUUAAUUGCAGUUAGAAUUGUAGCUAUUACAAAAUGUCUGAUAUCUAGGCAUGAAUUUUAUUAUUGCUAUUAUUAUUGACAAGUGUAUGAAACUUAGGGUUGUUUUCUUUUUGUAUAGAUAUUAGAUUGUUUCCAGCAGGAUAUUUGCCUGCAGUUGCUCAACCCUUUGAAGAAAAUUGUGUUGUUGAAGUGAGAAAUGUGCAGUGUAUAUGUGUGCAAAUGUUCAUGUACAUCUUCACUUGCCUGCAUGCAGCGAACUAGUGAAGGUUUCGUGUAUAUAAUACUUUGUAGCCUCGGCAUACUUUGUCUUAGUUAUGGGAGCUCAUAAUUUGUAAACCAUAUGCAGCAUGAAUUUUUAUUUUGUACUAUCUCUUUGUAGAAGAUUAUGUUGUGAAACUUAGGAAAAGUUUAGAUAGCUCUAUUUUAUGUGAAGAAUAUGUUUUCAAAAAGCUGCCUGUUUAUCAUAUCAUCAUAUGUAUACUAGACAAAGUGCUGAGUUUUUUUUGUUGUUGAGGGAAAGCAGUGGUUUCAUUCUCCAUUAAGAAAUAUUUAUAACUAAAGACCAUACUAGCUGUUCAAAGCGCACUAGAAAUGCUAGGGAACCACAAUCAUGAUUAAAGUAAGUAUUAUUAUUUUGUAAAUAGGUUGCUAAACAAUCAAUCUGUUCAUACAGAACUUAAGGAUUGUGAAGCUGAUCACUAGGCCCUGUGAACUAACAUAUAAAUGGCACAUUUGUGAGUAAUAUCGUUUUAAUGAACUCAUCAUUAAAUGUCCAAAGAAGCAAAGGAGAAAGUUCAUAGAAGCAACACUGCAGUAUUUAAUAACAGCAAAAUAAAAUUACAUUAAAUAUUAUCUGGAUAUCAGACAGUCAUAAAACUGUUCUCACUGGCUGAGUAUAUAUGUGUGUGUGUGCAUACACAUUCACAUGCAUGCUGAGAGCAUUUUAUAGAUGGCAGAGGUUUUGCAGAGGUGUUACUUUACAUCUAAUGUGCUUCAAAAUAGACUGUUUUGGGUUGGUCUGCACAACAAACUUUGCUUUGGAUAUUGGAAGGAGAGAUGCAGUACUCUCGAUUUUGUGCUUAUGGGUGGUUGCUUUCAACUAAAAGUUUUUAAAAAAAAAACUGACCUAAUUAACAAAACCUAUAGCUGCUUUACAUUCUAUCAGUCAUGCAAUGUCUGGGCUUUUGUAUGAAUUAAAUGCAUAAUACUUAGGGGAACAGCUGGAGAGUAAUUUGUUUUCUGUUUCAACUAAAGGACUUUUCAGAAAACUGAAACUGAUUAGUUUUGAAGAUAAGGUAUAGUGGCAAUGCCAUUGCAAAUAAGGAGAAAAUUAUACAUGCUUUAAUUAAGUCAUUUGAAAACAAGGAGAAGUUUGAAUAUAUUAGAAAAGAUCAAAUUCAUCAUGAAAUAUAUCUUAACAUGUUUUGAUGUACUUGUAUGCAGAGUAGAUUGACCCAGUACUUAUUUAGUUUGCUUGUGGUCUUGGCUAUGCUUGCAGUGAGAGAAAAAGAUUUACAGGUGUUUUAUUUGUAUUCUCUCAAGCUUCAUUUUUUUCCAUUAUGUUCACUACCAUCCAUGAACUGGAAUACUGUGCUGCUAAGAAUAUUCUUAAUGAGUUUAAAAUGGAAUAAGAUAAUGAAAUGCUAGAAUUUAUCCUAUGGAAAAAUUAUGAAAAUUUUAUCCUGUCAAGAGAUUAAGGAUCACCACCUGACAAUUAAUGUAGGGAUCCAAGAAGCAGCAUGCUUAAGAGGAACUGAUUUGAUAAUUCUUUUGCCUCUUUAUCAUUUGUAGUCUUUUAGUUUUUAUGAGAUUUUAUUAACUGGGCACAUAUGAUUGAAGUGGUUGUAAUGUAUUUGUCUUGCAUGAUUUGAUGAAACAGCAAUGUUCUAUCUGUAAAGCACACUUUACUGUAAGAUCUGGUCAAAUGGUAUCAACUGAUGUUCUGUACAUAGUAACUAAUAUUUGUCUACAGAAAUCAUUAUAGUUAAGGGCAGAUAAUUAUGUUUGAAAAAUGCAAGUUGUGUUUGUCAUAUAUUUCAUUAAGGAAUAUGAUAGAGUGCUUAUUUUGCUUAAAUGGUUCUUAAUGCAUUUUUUGUGUGAUCCACUUGUAGAUUUUAUUGAUAAGCAAGGCAGAUGUGCACGAAAGUGGUUGGCUUGAAAUAACACUGGCAGCAUGUAUUAAAAUUGUUUUCUACUUUCCAUUUUCAACAUUUUAGUACUGAGAUCUUGUUGAUUUAUUAUUGUUUUCUUAUCAUGAAUAUUUAGUCAGGCUAUGCAUGUUUUAAUUUGGUUUUAUUGCUGGGCUGAGUGAUCUGGAAGCAAGUGUUCCGGUCAGACUGUUUGAUACAUAAUGUGGAUGUGUGAGAUAAUACGAGUUACUACUUCCAAUGUCAAUGAUUGCUUUGUUCUUGUUAAUAGUUUCAGUCAUUCUCAACUGUCAUUAUGCUACACAAAUCCACAUAUUUUCAUUAAACUGUUUUAAGUUAUUUCAAAAUGAAAUAGAUGGUACUUCGGAGAGAAAAAGGUAAGAAGGAAAACUCGAGAGGGAGGAGAGAGGAUAAGCACUUUCAUUUGACUGUACUAUGUCAGUAUGUUUAAAACAAUUUGAGGGCAUGCCAUUUUUGAGCAAGGUGUCAUUAGCAGACAACUAUUUCCAACACUAGUGCACAGUCACCAUUUCUAGAGUAAUUUAAAAAAGGUGAAGAAUCUCCAGCAAAGAUUAAGAUCUAUAUUUUGUAUAAUACAUCUAUGAUGGUGGUAGGAAUGGGUUGAACUUUCACUAAUUUCUUCAUCUGUAUAAAGACAAAUUAAAGAUAAGUAAGCAUGUUGCUGAAUAAUGAUGUUUAAACUGUUGAAGUGUUGACACAAGCCAAUUCAUGAUAUAAACCUUGCAUGGCUUGAUAGAAGGUAUGCAUGAUAAUUUGGCUUCUUGUAGCCAAUUUCAGUCAUUAACACAGAGGUACACAGAUUGACAUUGCAGCUAUUUAAAGCUGGUAUAGGCUGUUUUUUCAGGUUUAAUUUCUCUUUGUCUCUCAUGCAUAGUAUAAUUGAACUGAAUUAAGUAGCUCAUUACAGUAAGAGAUUAUUCUAAUGCUAGUGUUAUUGUGCAUUUGUAGAGGUAAACAUUGUGGAGGUGUCGAGCAUUUUUUGUUGGAAACAGCUUAUAAGUUUCUGUAACAUACACCUGUAUCUUAUCAGUGUCAGUUCAGUAUGAUAAUGGUGACAUCCAUGGUUGUUGGGAGGAUUAAUAUUUCAUACACAGGAAGAGAACAGGAUGAGCAAUGGCAAUAUUAAUGGUCUUAGUAGCAAAAAAGAUAUACAGAUAAAGAUGUAUUUGCUGUAGUUUUUUUUAAGGUGUAAACUGUUGCAUGCAGCAUAAACUUAGGCUCCAUAGUUAAUGCAUAAGAUUUUUGGAGGAGUUUGCUUGAGGCUUGCUUGGGCUGGUGUCAUGACGCCUGACUUACAAGGAAGGCUAGAAGGUGAGAGGAGAGAGCUUACUGCCCCUUCCAUACUGUGGGAUUUAUGUUUUUGUUUUUUAAAGCUACAAAAAACCUCACAAGUUAUGGUUGUGGCACACAAGUAGAUCAAGCAUUUAGAUAUUGGUACUCUGUGGAUGUUAGGGAGGGGCAUUAAAAUGUGCUUGAAACAGGAUAAGAGAUCAGAACUGGCUUCAGCAGUUGGUGCAGCCAUCAGCCUGUAAUAAAAGAUAAUUCUUUUGUGCUUAUUCUGCUUUAAGUACUUGUUGUACAACAUGAAUUAUUUUGAUAUUUUUAAUUGGAUGUUUUACUCUGACCUUGAUGAAUGACAUUUUUCUUGGAUUUGUACAGUAACUAUGGCUGCCAUCACUUGGCUGUAUAGAGUGCAAUGGUAGGGAAUUUUCUCAUUUUUGGCCAUCAUGUCACUUGUGCCUAUGUUAAGUGGCACAUUGCUAUACAAUGGGGUUCCUUUUUAAUUAAUAAAUGAUCAUGAGAACUU